AAGCGUGUGGACGAGGACACAGCAGGCACCAAACUUGCGGCUUAAGAAAUCGAGCCCAAAAUAUCACUUUCGUUUUCUCCGCGCAGGUGUACGCACCCAAAUUAUGCGUUUUAACAGCGAGCCGGAGCAAAGAUGCAAUGGCGGUCGCUUGUAGUCGGUGUCGUCGUGCUGAGACUGUCUGUCAGUUUGUGGCUCGCCUUGGGACUCACCGCGUAUGUUAGCUUGGGCACCAGCCACUACGGCGGCGGUGCCAAGGAGCCCUCGACCGGGGAGAGGAAAGGCGGCGACUCGUGGUCCCAGCGGAUAAGCGGCUACAAACAUGAGGAGACCACCGGGAUGUGUGCCAAGGUGGCGGCGGAGUCCCCGAAGAGGUCCUACCUGAGCUUCUUCGACGGCAACAAGGACGACUACGUCCGCAGAUACAGCUCCUUCCCGGGCACGUUGAAAGCCGCCAUGAAGGAGAAGGCCAGAGAAAUGUUCUACUUUGGUUAUGACAACUACAUGAAAUAUGCUUUCCCCAAAGACGAGCUCAACCCAAUUGACUGCGAGGGGAGGGGUCCGGACGUACAGAACCCCUCCAACAUCAACAUCAACGACGUUUUGGGAGACUACUCGCUAACGCUCAUUGACGCCUUAGACACCUUACUGGUGCUCGGAAAUGUCUCCGAGUUCCGGCGGGCCGUCGAGCUAGUUAUCGACACCGUGUCUUUUGACAAGGACUCGACGGUGCAGGUUUUUGAGGCCAACAUCAGGAUAUUAGGUAGCCUCAUCUCGGCUCACAUUCUGCUCACGGACCCCAAGCAUCCGUUCGGCAGGGUGAGCUUUGAGGGCUACGAUAACCAGCUGCUGCACUUGGCUCACGACCUGGCCGUGCGCCUGCUGCCGGCCUUCGAGAACACCAGCACGGGCAUCCCCUACCCUCGGGUGAAUCUAAAAACCGGAGUCCCGUCCGGCAGCAUUAACGAGACGUGUACCGCGGGAGCUGGAUCUCUGCUGGUGGAGUUUGGAAUUCUGAGCCGCUUGACCGGAGACUCCACGUUUGAAUCCGUGGCCCGACAAGCUGUCCGAGCCCUUUGGAAGCUGAGGAACAGCGAAACUGGUCUGCUAGGCAACAUUGUCAACAUCCAAACGGGCCACUGGGUGGGCAAGCAGAGCGGUCUGGGCGCCGGCAUGGACUCCUUCUACGAGUAUCUGCUCAAGUCGUACAUCCUAUUCGGCGAGAAGGAGGACUACGCCAUGUUCCAAGCUGCUUACGAGAGCAUCCAGAACCACCUGAGGCGAGGGCGAGAGUCGUGCAACGAAGGAGAAGGCGACCCGCCCAUCUACGUCAAUGUGAACAUGAUGAGCGGUGAGAUCAUGAACACGUGGAUAGACUCCCUGCAGGCCUUCUUUCCCGGGCUGCAGGUGCUAAAUGGUGAUGUGGAAAAUGCCAUUUGCCUCCACGCUUUCUACUACGCCAUCUGGAAACGCUUCGGGGCUUUGCCAGAGAGGUACAACUGGCAGCGGCGGGCUCCCGAUGUCCUCUUUUACCCCCUCAGACCUGAGCUGGUGGAGUCCACCUAUCUACUCUACCAGGCGACCAAAAAUCCUUUCUACUUGCACGUUGGAAUGGAUAUUCUUCAGAGCCUUGAAAAAAAUACCAAAGUCAGAUGCGGCUACGCCACCCUCCAUCACGUUGUGCACAAAUCCAAAGAAGAUCGCAUGGAGAGUUUCUUCCUCAGCGAAACCUGCAAAUACCUUUACUUGCUGUUUGACGAGGACAACCCGCUUCACAAAUUGGGUAACAAGUACAUCUUCACCACAGAGGGUCACGUGAUGCCCGUCGACAAGCGCUUUCGGGAGAAACGACGGGGCGGCAAGUGUCCGCGCGAAGACGACGUGCAGCCUCAGACGGAAACAAUCGAGCAGCCGUCCCGGAACAGCAGCAACUGCAUCCGGAUCCCCGAGGCGCGGCGCUACACUCUGCCACUGAAGAGCGUCUACAUGAGGCAGAUCGAUCAAAUGGUCGGGUUGCUCUGAGUCCCGUUCUCUCGGGCGCAAUAUGACUAUAACUUGAACCGAGAGGUUUCCGCUGGACCGCAACUUCCAAUUUUUCACUGGUGGAGAUCUGUGAGCCAAUUUGAAGUGUUAAGAGAGUGUAUGUGUGUGCACGUGUCUUUGUGCAUGAGGAUGUAUUUAAAAAAAAAAAAAAAAAAACCCAAAAAAACCUCUUCUAUCACAUCAUGAAACGUUCAGUGCCUGUUUGUACUUUACCACAAGGGCUGUGCUCCCGUUUUAAAUUGUGCCCGCUUACGUCAUCGAUUCUUGCUUUUUCAUGUCUUGGGUGUAAUCAUUUACAGAAUCAAAUGUUAACACAUACUACAUUUUUGACCACUGUUUUUAAAGUGCCUUCAGUCGUUUUUGUGUUAAUCCGCAGGAGUCCGUGUACAGAUGUUUACAACUACUAAUUCAAGCCAUAUAUUUUUACGUGAACAUUUUCUUAAUCUGCUUUUUUUCUGAUUUAUGAGGAGUGGAUUGAGCUGUUGUGAUUGCUUCACACCUGCUAUAAUUGUCUCAGGGUUUAAAGAGGGGGGAAAAAAACCAAGAACAAUCUCACAAGGUAAAAUAGUUAUUGCCUGUAAUGCCAUAAGGUAUUAUUAUUUUUUAUGUGGCACAUUUGUUUUUAAUUUGCUGAUUAAACUUGCUGCAGAGGAACCGGAA